AUGUCUUUCGGACGAACCGUCACCCUCAACUCUGGCCACAAGGUCCCCGUCAUCGGCUACGGCACCUGGCAGUCGGCCCCCGGCGAGGUCGGCGCCGGCGUCUACGAGGCCCUCAAGGCCGGCUACCGCCACCUCGACCUGGCCAAGAUCUACCAGAACCAGCGCGAGGUCGGCGAGGGUCUCAAGAAGGCCCUCGCCGAGAUCCCCGGCCUCAAGCGCGAGGACAUUUUCAUCACCUCCAAGCUCUGGAACAACAAGCACCGCCCCGAGGAGGUUGCCGGUGCUCUCGACGACACUCUUGAGGAGCUUGGUCUUGACUACCUUGACCUCUACCUCAUCCACUGGCCUGUCGCUUUCAAGAACGGCACCGAGCUGUUCCCCCGCAAGGAGGGCGACGACAGCCAGGUCGAGCUCGACCGUGGUGUCUCCCUCUCUCAGACCUGGAAGGCCGUGACCGAGCUCCCCAAGAGCAAGGUCCGAUCAAUUGGUGUCUCCAACUUUUCCAUUGAGCACCUCGAGACCGUCAUCAAGGACACCGGCGUCGUCCCCGCCGUCAACCAGGUCGAGCGCCACCCUCGCCUCCCCAACCCCGAGCUCGUCGCAUACCUCAAGGAGAAGGGCAUCGUCCUGACCGCCUACUCCGCCUUUGGCAACAACUCUUGGGGCCUCCCCCUCCUGGUCAACGUCCCCGAGGUCAAGGCCAUCGCCGACCGCCUCAGCGCCGCCCAGGGCAAGACCGUCACCCCCGCCCAGGUCGUCCUCGCCUGGUCUACCCUCGACGGCCAUCUCGUCAUCCCCAAGUCCGUCACCGCCUCUCGCAUCCGUGAGAACUUCCAGGAGGUUGAGCUUGACGCCGAGGCCAUCAAGGAGCUCGGCAAGCUCGGCGAGCAGCCCCAGCGCUUCAACAUCCCCACGACUUACAGCCCCAAGUGGGACAUUGACGUCUUUGGUGAUGAGAAGGAGAAGGAUGCCACCUUCCAGGUUGUCCUCAAGGUCUAA